GAGGAAGGAAUCAAACUCCCAAGAUGGCGGCGGCGUCUGAGGAGCGGAUGGCUGAGGAAGGAGGCGGCGGCCACGGCGACGGCGGCUCCUGUUCGGCUGCCGGCUCCGCUCAGCGACAGCCCCCGGCGCCCCCGUCGCAGGCCCCGCCGUCGGGGUCCCAGGCACCCGCCGCGCCCGCGCUGGCACCGGACCACCUGCCCCAAAACAACACACUGGUGGCGUUGCCCAUCGUAGCCAUCGAGAACAUCCUCAGCUUUAUGUCCUACGACGAAAUUAGCCAGCUCCGCCUGGUUUGUAAGAGAAUGGACCUGGUCUGUCAGAGAAUGUUGAAUCAGGGGUUUCUAAAAGUGGAGAGGUUCCAUAACCUGUGUCAGAAGCAAGUUAAAGCACAGCUACCGAGGAGAGAGUCAGAAAGGAGAAACCAUUCUUUAGCUCGUCAUGCAGACAUCCUUGCCGCUGUGGAAACGAGGUUGUCACUGUUGAAUAUGACCUUCAUGAAGUAUGUGGACUCCAACCUCUGCUGCUUCAUCCCAGGAAAGGUGAUUGAUGAGAUUUACCGUGUACUGAGAUAUGUCAAUUCUACCAGAGCCCCUCAGAGAGCUCAUGAGGUGCUGCAGGAGCUACGGGACAUCUCCUCCAUGGCAAUGGAGUACUUUGAUGAGAAGAUUGUUCCCAUUUUGAAGAGGAAAUUGCCAGGAUCAGAUGUGUCGGGAAGACUCAUGGGCUCUCCUCCAGUUCCCGGGCCAUCCGCAGCCCUGACAACAAUGCAGCUCUUCUCCAAGCAAAACCCGUCCAGACAAGAGGUUACCAAACUGCAGCAGCAGGUCAGAACCAACGGCGCUGGCGUGACUGUCCUCAGGCGUGAGAUUUCUGAGCUUCGCACCAAAGUGCAAGAGCAGCAGAAACAACUUNAAGACCAAGACCAGAAACUGCUCGAGCAGACCCAGAUCAUAGGCGAACAGAACGCANGGCUGGCAGAGCUGGAACGCAAGCUCCGGGAAGUCAUGGAAAGUGCAGUGGGAACCUCCUCGGGGUCUGGGCAGAGUGAGGAGUCCCCUCGGAAACGACGGAAGGCAACGGAAGCCAUAGACUCUCUUAGGAAAUCCAAACGACUUCGGAAUAGGAAGUAGAUUGGAAUAUGGCUCUAGCUCCAGAGGACGACGUCCAUGGCUGAGAGUUUAAGCAGUUACUCCUGUCAGGAUAUCGGAGCAACAUGGUGUCCUUAGGCUUCCAGGCGAUNAGACACAACUUACACUUGGCUCUUGUGGUUGGCAUCCUUUGCGCUUCUCUGGUGGAGCUGAUGCACAGACCCUUCUUACCUUGCAAUAGAUUUGUACUAACCAUGCCCAUUCUAUCAUGUUUGGGGGCUAACCUUGUUCCUGUGCAGGUGAUGUGUUACGUUUAUUUGUUUCUGCAUAUAUGCACAUUACAUACGGAUUUUAAACAAACCCAUUCUUGACUGACUAAAAGUUAAGUUUAAUACAUAAAAUGUCCUGUUCACUUGAAAGAAAAAAAAUCUACUUUUUAAAUGGACACUAUCUUGGUUUUUUUUUUUUAAAGUUGACUUUUUGUUUGUUAUAAGUGACCUUUGUCUGGAAUGUCUGAGACGCGGUUAGUACUUUGGUAUUGAAGUGAUGGGUGACAGAAGGACUGAGAGUAUUGGCUGUAGAGGGGGCUCUACAGUAGCAACUAUUUUUAUAAACUACUGGCAAGGGGUGUCUCCAGGCGUUAGGUAUAUGCUUUCAGUUUUCUUUGGGGCCGUGUCCUCCAUUUGCAUGGAUGGAUGCAUGCAUUGCCUAGGCAGCGCACUUCACACCACUCCUGCACUGGUGUUGAUCUUGAACCUCUAGACUUCUCCACUGUUAGAGCUGCGCCGACAUUGAUUUAAGCACUCAGCAGCUUGCCUGUCGGGGGAGAAUUGUCAGUCCAUUUGUCCUCCAGUUUUACAGGCACAAGAGACUGUUAGAGUCCAUUGAUGUAUCUCUUCUCUUCUCUGUAGGGUUCAGGUACACUGGCUAAGACAGAACCUCAAAUCCAAGGCUCUUUCUAUAGACAUCAGACCUCUGAUCUGACUCAGCUCUGUGCUCCUGGGUCAACCAUGACUUAGUAGGGACCCAACUGACUGAGGGAAGCUUUUUCACGCCACUUUCAAGCUCUCAUAUAAACAACUCUGAACAGAGCUUUAGUCUUGUUUGCACUCCUGUUUUGAGCUUGUAACUGGAAAAGCCUGUCUUGCGCUGUCAGCCUCCUGAGUGGUCACUUUAACAACCUCCAAAUUGUAUAAAAUGGUUCUUUCUCCCGGUUGUAUAUUUUUGAAACAUUCAACUAUCACUGUCGUAUUUUUAUUUUAAUUAUGUACUAAAUUAUGUAGUUUUGUUCUUUUAAACAUCUGUUGCUUUGGACUUUGUUUAUUUAUAGUAAAUGUAGGUGUAAGAUGGUAAAAACUGUCCCUUUCCAGGUGAAGGUUGACACCUGUGUUACCUAAGGGUUUGGUAAACCCCACAGUGGGAGCAAAGCACAAGGCCGUCAUCCGUCCAGCGUGACACGUUAUGCAUCCUUUAGGUUACUUUUACCAAGUGACACUCUCCUACGCAUUCUUAGUGUUGUCCCUUCAUGAUCCUGCCCUUGGGCUCUGUUCAAGUCUCUGACUUUGAAAGUCCAUCUACAAUGUAGUGUGUCUUCAGUGAGAAACCUUAACAUGGUAUCCAAGUGUUUCAUGAUUUGUUGGGAAGGUAAUUUUAAAAUAAACAGUUUCCUUAAAAGAUUUGUCAGCAAGGUCAUCCAUAAAGGUCCCUGUCUGGAUCUUCUUUUCUCAGCAGGUCUCUUGCAAUCCUAGAAUGUAGCCAUAUCACCGUAGCCUUGGAGGAGGCCCACUGAGCGCUUAGCUUGGCUUUGCCAGUCUGCUCUUCUGGUAGAGGAAGACUCUGAAGCAACAGCAUACAGGAUUUAAGAGUAGAAUCCUUAUGCAUCAAAGAAAAUAAGCCUCAAAUUAUUUCUUCAAUAAUUAUUAAAAAUUUCUCAAACUAUAUCCAGCUAGCCUAAGUGUAGCCUCUAGUCUUCCAUGAGCUAGUCUGAGAAUGUGGCUUUUCUGAGCACUUACACAGUAAUCAGGAAGGGGUCUACCGUGUGAUCCUGUGAUCUCUAGCCCAUCAGACAGAGCCGUACUGUUUCAUGACUAUAACCUUGAGAAUAAAGCUCUAUGACUCGCUUGCCUUAAGCUUCCCUCAGAGUAGCUGACAUGCUAGGAGGUUGUCUUCGCCAUUUAUUAAGACAGCUAUUGGGGGGGGGGGUAAUAAUGUUCGCUUUGGGAGACCAUAGUGGUAUUUGGAGUCUCCAAAUCAUGCACUAUUUUAAUAGCUAAAACUGGCUUGCCCUAGGAAAACUUAACCAGCCUCCUGGGAGAGACCGCUUGCAUUUCCUGGCAGGAUCUUCCUCUGUUUGCAUCAAACCAUUCCCAUGCCUAAGUUUGCCCACAGUCCACACUACACACAAGGCAUACACACGUGAAAAGAAUGGACGGGAGGGGAGGAGAACAGGCCCUGUCUGGCGGAGUCCUGCUUCGCUCCCCAGACACUUUGCUCACAUGGUUCCCACCCAUCAUGGGUUACAGAAACUCCAAACUCCCCUUGUGGUGUAGAGAGAGCCUGGAGGUAAGGGGGCCACUAACUCCUGUUGUGGAGACUAUUUGGGUGCCCCAUGUCGAAAGCCACUGGUCCAAGUCGACAUUUUUUUGGUAAAACAUGAUUUUUGGAGUACUGAACUCACAGGGGCUUGCCUUAAUUCAGUAGUUUCAAGAUGUAUGCGCUAUAUUCUAUGUGUUAAAAUGGUAAAAUAUUCUAUGUAGCCCCAAGAGUGGGUAAAACAGAGUUUAACGCCUAAAUAAAUAAGCUAAAAGGUGUCACAACAGCUGGAUUUUUUAGAGAAAAUGGACAUAUAAAAAAUAGGCUAUGCGUCAUGAACAGAAACUAUGGCACCUUGGGAUUGCACUACUUCAUGCACUGUUUUGUAUGCCAUUUCAUAGCCUGCACUUUAACCUCCAAAGAAACGCUGUGUGGUGCCUGUCCCCUGUCGGUGAGCUCAUCCCAGAGUCAGCGCUUCUAUUUCUCUAUGCUGAGUUAGUCUCCUAGCUGGCACUCUUAUUUGGGUUCUCUGCUUCCUUAGCCAUAAUACUUUUCUAGGAUCUGAGAACUCCUGUCUCGUCUAUUUCCAACAGUGUCAAAUCCUAAUUUAAUGUAGAUCAUCCUUGCUGAUCCACACAGUCAUAGAUCCUCUUCUAGUGUGAAUACUUGUUCGUUGCCUGUACCAACCCCUCAGAAAGCAGACACUGUAAGAUCUGAAGGUGGGAAUAAAAGGCCUGAAAGGGGAACACACAAAGCGAUGCCCCUGCUGGAGAAUGGCCAAGUCUAACAAGAGGCUGAGCUUACUGCUGAAUGCUUGAGAUCUGCAUGAGGUCCUUUGGGGCAGAAGAGGUUCCAUUAUAACUACUUAAAUGUAGAGCCCGACCUCGGGAAAUUACCUUCAACAAAACACUAAGUCCACAAAAGCCAGUGACUGCUACUGGUGGAAGGUGGCCACUUCCUGCUCUCACUUUGAGCAACCGUCCUUCACUCAAAUCAAAACUAAGGCACGCUUGAGUGAGGUUGGCCUUUCCCAAUUUCCCAAGAAUCCUUGUUAAAUUUUUAAAGCUCAAGCAUUAAAUUCACCUUCUUCCCAUUGUGUCUGAAGAUAGCGACAAGCUCUAGAAGCCUAGGAAUCUGAUCAGGCUAUUGCCAAAGUCUAGUGGUUCGUGCUGCCAAAAGGUUAGACAUGUUUAAAAACUCCUUUAUGUGGUACCAUUGUCUGUUUACUUACGCUCAUGAGCAACAAUAAACCACUAGUUUAC